UGUGGCUGUCAAUGUCAAAUUCUCGAAAGAUGUUGUUUUUGCAAUAACCUCAAGAAAUUACACAGAAUUCAAAAUUAUUUAUAAAAAAUGUUCUAAUUUGCAUAAAAAAUGAAUUCUGUAAGAGUGAUAUUAAAAAAUAGAAUCUCAAGUGUAGUUAGUACUCGCUGCUAUGCAACAACAAAAAAGAAAAUUCCAGAUCCGGAUGAAGAAGAAUCGCUUCCAAUAUUCCAAUACCCCGUCAGUAAGAGUUCUGACCGCCGAAUGUAUGUAUGGGGCCUGGCGGAGACGGGAGCUCUCGGCAUCCACAUACCGCGGGGGAAGAAAGGCCGCAAACAGUACAGGAGAGAUUUCACGCAUUGCUGGUACCCUAUGCGAUCCACUUUUGCUGAGAGGUUUGAUAUAGCAGAAGUAGCAGCAGGUUACGGGUUCACAGUGGCUGCCAUAAAGACGGACGGCCAACACAAAGUGUUCGGCACUGGCAUCAACACGGACUCGCAGAUCGGCUACCACGCGCCGCGCGCAGGACAUCCGCUUGAACUACUGCUGAGUCCAGCACCCAUAUACCUCCCUUAUAAGUCUUUGGAAACUAAGGUCAUAGGCCUAUCAGCAGGUCGCGCGCACACGGCAGUCCUAACAGACAAUGAAGGCGUAUUCACACUGGGUAACAAUGCGUACGGCCAGUGCGGCCGAAAGAUCAACUCGAACGAAGAGUACAAAGGCAGCAUGGUGUCACACAACAUUAAGAAGUUGAAUAAGGAGAAACUUGUCGAUGUAUGCUGCGGUCAAGACCAUACUUUAUUCUUAACAGAGGGUGGGAAAGUGUACUCUUGCGGAUGGGGCGCCGACGGACAAACGGGGCUCGGAACAUUCGAGAACCAGGCGUAUCCUGCGCCCGUACAAGGAGACAUCACAUCUGAGAAGAUUGUGAAAGUUGCCUCUACUGGUGACUGUGUAUUAGCGCUAAAUGAUCAAGGCGAGCUGUUCGGCUGGGGAAAUUCGGAAUACGGCCAAGUACCCAUGAAGAAUCCUUCACAGCAAGUAAACAUGUCGUAUGCACUGCUUGAGCUUACUAAGGGAUUAGGCAAGAUCACAGACAUCGCGGCCGGAGGAUCGUUUUGUUUGAUUGUUAAUGAGGCAGGUGACGCAUUUGUCUGGGGAUACGGUCUGCUAGGCUUGGGUCCAAACGUUCAGACUUGUCCGAAACCAAAACAGAUACCACCGGCGCUAUUCGGACGUAACGAGUUCAACCCCAACUGUUCGGUUAAGAAGGUUGCUUGUGGAAUAGGCCAUUUAGCUGCCAUCACAAAUAAUGGAGACCUCUACAUGUGGGGCCGGAAUAGACAAGGCUGUCUCGGACUAGGACAUCUCAAAGACCAGUAUUUCCCCCUCAAAGUGGCUAUAGGAGCUCAUGUACUAAAAGUGUCAUGUAGUGUAGACCAUUCUGUAGCUGUAUGUAAGCCAUUUGUGUAAUUUAAUAAGACUGUUAGCUAAUAAAUUAUAUUAUUAUAGU